UAUAUAAAUAGUGGAACAUUAAUCACGGAAUCCUGUAUAGUAUAUACCGAUUGGUCACAUAACAGACCACUAAAAUGAAGCCUAUAUUUUUGGUAUUACUCGUCGCUACAAGCGCCUACGCUGCACCAUCGGUGACCAUCAAUCAAUACAGUGAUAAUGAAAUUCCACGCGACAUUGAUGAUGGAAAAGCUAGUUCCGUAAUCUCACGUGCAUGGGACUACGUCGAUGACACUGACAAAAGCAUCGCCAUCCUCAACGUUCAAGAGAUCUUGAAGGACAUGGCCAGCCAGGGCGAUUAUGCAAGUCAAGCAUCAGCGGUGGCCCAAACCGCCGGAAUUAUCGCCCAUCUAUCUGCCGGUAUCCCCGGUGAUGCCUGUGCAGCCGCUAACGUCAUUAACUCUUACACAGACGGCGUCAGGUCCGGAAACUUCGCCGGCUUCAGACAAUCUCUCGGUCCCUUCUUCGGACACGUGGGACAAAACUUGAAUCUUAUCAAUCAACUCGUCACCAACCCUGGUCAACUCCGAUACUCUGUCGGACCAGCCCUGGGUUGUGCCGGAGGUGGAAGAAUCUAUGACUUCGAAGCCGCUUGGGAUGCAAUCUUAGCCAGCAGUGACUCUGGUUUCUUAAAUGAAGAGUACUGCAUCGUCAAGAGAUUGUACAACUCUCGCAACAGCCAAAGCAACAACAUCGCUGCCUACAUCACCGCUCACUUACUUCCCCCGGUUGCUCAAGUGUUCCACCAAUCAGCUGGAUCAAUCACAGACCUCCUGAGAGGCGUUGGCAACGGUAAUGACGCGACCGGUUUAGUUGCUAAUGCUCAAAGAUAUAUUGCACAAGCAGCCAGCCAGGUUCACGUCUAAAUAAGAACUGUAAAUAAUGUAUAUAUAUAAUUAUAUAAAAGAUAUAUAUAACCAUAUACAAACAUAUAUAUCAUUAUAAGACAAUCUACCUAUAUAAAAACAGACUAAAAUUAAUAAUUAUGUAUACUUUAAUUGUGUUUAGGACAUUUUAUGCAAAUUGUGUUUGCGUUAGGAUUUUUUUUGGAAGUUUUUUAGAUUAUUUAUGAAUAUAUAAAUAAAUAUACGUUAAUAUAAUAUAUAUUAUAUAAAUCAA